CCAAAACGAGGUUAACUGUCAUGGCGGUCUACAUUGGGAUAUGAGCUGCCAGUGACAAACAGACAACCAAAAUGCUCUUACAAGAGCCAGUACAGGCUGCCAUCUUAGAUGCCUUGAAUCACUAUGCCUACAGCGAUGCCACAUUCCUUGCUGAGAGACUGUAUGCUGAAGUGUCGUCAGAUGAGGCACUUCACCUGUUGGCAACAUGCUAUUAUCGGUCAGGCCGACCCAUCCAGACGUACAUGCUGCUCCAGAAGCGAGGCUGCCCCACCCCCCAGUGCAAGUACCUUAUGGCCAAAUGCUGCAUGGACAUCCAGAAGUAUGCGGAGGCUGAGGACACGCUGGCAGGGAACAUCCUGAGUCGCUGCAAGUCUCUGGAUGAGAUCGAGAAUGAGUUCGGCAACAUGGCGUGCCACGUCUUCUCUCUCCUGGGGAACAUGUAUAGUAAAACGGAACGUGUAAAGAAAGCUGCGGAAUGUUACAGGAAAAGUCUUCGAAUUAAUCCCCUUCUGUGGAAGUCAUAUGAAAGGUUGUGCCAACUUGGUGAGAAGGUUGACCCUGGCCAGGUGUUCCAGCUACCCCAGCAUACAGCCCCGCCCACCAACACCCACAACAUGUCACAGAACAUCACCGAUGUCCUCACCCCAAUCUCGGAGGCCAUAGCACCCGGGUGUAAUGAUGCCAACGUCAGGUGGGAGCAAGGUUCCCUCUUGAAGAUGCAGACCCCCACCCCUCAGAUCUGUGUGACUCAGUCCAUGACCCCCGAGAAUCAGGAGCCCCCAUUGGUGGACAUCCCCUCUGCCCCCACAACAGCCCGCUACCCCCGCACACAGUCCGUCAUCUCCAGGGGUCUCUACAGUAAACCCCUGUUCCACAGCCCUCUCACUCCUCGUUUUGGCAUCCUGCCCCUGGAGACUCCGAGCCCUACUGAUCAUAACACCAUGCCCUUCAUCACGCCCAGCCCUGUCUCCUACAGUGAGCAACAGACGCUCGACCCCAAGGCGCCCAGCAAGAAGCCGGUCACACGGAGAAGUCAGAAUCAAAACCAGAUGCCAAAGCCUCCAGUAUUCAGCAUGUCUGGAAACACAGCCAACACCAGAGACAUUUCUAACCAGACAGGGAAUAUUCCAAAUGUCAGAAGAAGUUCACGGUUGUUUGGAAAUUCAAGCUCUGUCAAGGAAAACAACAAGAGUCAAGGAAAAUCAAGAUUUGCCAGUCCGAAGGCAGUUGGUCGGAAGUCCAAGACGAGACUGAGCAAGUCCCAACAAGAACUGAAUGAAAUCAACAAGAGUGACUUGUCUGUAGACAGCAAGCCAUCCUUGCCUUCCGACACCCCAACCCAAACGCAGAUCAUACAGAUGCAGCACCAGUCAUUAGCGGGUAUCUUGAAUCUCCUGCAGGCCUUGGGCAAGGCAUAUCUGUCGCUGUCUCAGUACGACUGUCGCAAGGCGGCAGAACAGUUCUCGGAUCUGCCUGAGCAUCAGUACAACACAGGCUGGGUGCUCUCUCAACUGGGCCGAGCUUUCUUUGAAGGGGCAAUUUACCAAAAGGCGGAGAAGAUCUUCCAGGAGUUACGUCGCCUGGAGCCGUACCACAUGGAAGGGUUAGAAUACUACAGCACCACUCUGUGGCACUUGCAGCGGGAGGUGGAGCUCUCCACCCUGGCCCAGGAGCUCACCGAGCUCGACAAGAAUUCACCAGAGGCUUGGUGUGCAACAGGAAACUGCUUCAGUUUGCAAAAGGAACAUGAUGUAGCGAUCAAGUUCUUUCAGCGGGCGACACAGGUGGACCCAACAUUUGCCUAUGCGUACACGCUGCUCGGCCAUGAGUAUGUCUUCACAGAGGAGCUGGACAAAGCGUUGACCUACUUCAGGAACGCCAUAAGGGCAGAUCCCCGACACUAUAACGCUUGGUAUGGUGUUGGUAUGAUAUUUUACAAACAAGAAAAGUUCAGCUUAGCCGAAGUCCAUUUCAGUAAAGCCUUAAAGAUCAACCCUCAGAGUUCCGCACUCCUCUGUCAUGUUGGUGUGGUUCAGCAUGCUCAGCAGAAGUCCGAGUCCGCCCUGCAGACUCUCAACAUCGCCAUCAGUGCAGACCCCAAAAAUCCUCUAUGCAAGUUCCACCGGGCGUCCAUAAUGUUUGCUAAUGACAAACACAUGGAAGCUUUAGAAGAGUUAGAAGAACUGAAAAUGAUCAUUCCUAAGGAAUCUCUUGUUUAUUUCCUUAUUGGAAAGGUCCAUAAAAAGUUAGGUAACACCCACCUGGCUUUGAUGAACUUCUCCUGGGCCAUGGACCUGGAUCCCAAGGGUAUCAACAAUCAGAUCAAGGAGGCCAUUGAUAAACUGUACGUCCCAGAGGAAGACGACCCACUCUCUCGCCUCAAUGAAACAGGUAUGGAGGAAGGAGCAGGGCUGGAAGAUGGCCAGGAAGGAGCCUCGCAGAGCACCUCGUCCAACAUGGACCCUGAUCUGCAGGCCAUUGAGAGUGAUGAAAGCUUAUGACAGAUGGAUAUAGAAAACUAGACACUAUAGCUAUUAGACACGACCACCAAAAUUGGGUGGGAAGACUGUCUACUAGACACCACUACAUAGGCUGGUCAAAAGGGCUGUCUGGUCAAUAGUUAUAGGGCUUUCCUCUUUCUCUCUCUACCUCUGCUAGGACUUCAGAUAACAGGUCAAAGGAGGAUCUUACAACACAAGGACAAAGGCAGAAAUUUGUCUACCUCUGAUGCUGCAGUUAAUGGCAAAUUUCUCAACUAUAUUUGUUAACCUUGAAGUGUAUUUUUCAGAGACACUGAGACUGUAUUCUUGUAAUUUCAUAAGAUCUUAUUUGAAGUAAGAUGUGAUGCUAGUUUCAGCUUUGAAUGAUGAAGAAGAUGGAUGUUGGUUAAUCUCAAGCACCUGUUGGAGAUAGUGGUCAUUAGUGAGUUGGUAUAGCCCUCAUAAUGUUUCUAGGAUUGUCAGCACCAUACCUGUGCUCAUGGGGUUAGCCAAAGGGGUAAACGUCUGAGACCUGCGUCGCUUUGGACUUUGGGACACAGCACGAUAUAACUGGAAUACUGUUAAUAACAGCGUUAAACCCAACUCAUACACUCACUCACUCACUUUCUACUAACCUUCAAAUUUUAAGUGGAUUCCAUGUAAGGCUUAGUGAUGUUUGGAUGUUUGUUAAUUUCAGAUUAAUCACGACAAUUAUUCAGUGGACACUUUAGAAAAGGGUAGUGACUGUUGGGUGUUAGUUUGUCUUGGAUUAUCACAAAAGCAUGAAAGAGAAUGCUAAGCUAAUCACUGCAAUUAUUCAGAAGGAUAGGCAGGAUUAGAUACAACACUGUACCACUAAUCCAGACAGGUCGAAGUCUCUAAGGACCAGUUGUUUUCUCCAGAACAAUGUUAUGUUACAUAAAGCGCAAGUACGAAAUGAGAUUUGGACAAGUUGGAUUUUAAAUAAUAGAAUCUACCCCUGGGAUAGGAAGUGUUGAAAGAACUCUUUGAUCAAGCUCCUGUUGAAGAUAGAGGGGAGGCUGUCACGGCUAGGUGAUCCCUGCGUGUAAGUGAUCUGACAUCAAGCACCUGUUGGAGAGGGGUAGGGGAGGCUGUCGCGGCUAGGUGGUCCCUGCGUGUAAGUGAUCUGACAUCAAGCACCUGUUGGAGAGAGGUGGGGGAGGCUGUCACGGCUAGGUGGUCCCUGUGUGUAAGUAAUCUGAGAUCAAGCACCUGUUGGAGAGAGGUGGGGGAGACUGUCACAGAUAGGUGGUCCUGCAUGCAUGAUUCUGUGUAAGUGAUUUGUGAGCAACACCUCACUUUAUGUUGUAUGUUUCUAUGAGUUUUACGAACAGUUUGCAAUAUGAAGGAGUCCAGUGUUAUAAACCAAGAGGCUCAUGUUGAUGCAAGUUGUGCAUUUGUGAUACAAACUGCUGCAGGAAACAGACAAGCUGGCAACAACACAAGGCAACCAGUUAUGUCGCAAAGUGCAAAAGGAUUAUUUUGUAUUUACCUUGAACUAUUCGGAAUAUUUUUAUGCUUUUCAAGCUCUGAUGAGUUAUUUCAUGGCAGUUCAUGGUAGAUAUUUACUUCAAGGAAACCUGUUUAGAAUGUUUAGUUAGUAUUUAUUGAUAGCAAGUAGCUACAGGGUGUUUGGGUAGAAUAUUGGGGGUGUGUCUUGACAAACAUGAAGAGUUGAUGGAAGGAUUGUGUCAACUCAGAUGUCUUUGUGUUAAUUAAGGGAUGAGGCUGGUGUAAAGAUCAUUGUACGUUCAAUCAACAUCUGCCUAUGCUAGAUGCCCAUGGCCCUGUUGACAAAUGUGAUCUUAGCUGCAACUAUCAUAUUUUAAAGAAUAAAGACAGGUGCUGAGAUCCCUUUCUUUAACAGCCCUUGGGGCUGUUCCACAAAGGGAUCUUAGCGCCCCGACUGCCAUGACCAUGUUGAAGUAUUGGAGGUACGAUCACCUUUGCACUAAAUUCGCUUUAUGCAGCCCGACGCUGAAGACAGUCCUCAGAGAUCAGCAUCUGCCCCAAAGGCCUGUCAUUCUUCUCAUGAGCCUUACAGCUGAAUAAGACUACAAGAAAGAAGUCAAUAGGUUCGGAGAGGUGGUUCUGGCAAACAAGAAAUAUUGUAAUAUGUUACACGUUGCACGGGUAGCUUCAAUGUUGUGGAUGUACUAAUGGUGUGGAAUGUGAUUGAGUCUCAACCACAGCUUGAAUCCCAUUCACUGAAUGAAACACAAAGCCUUCAAAGGUUGUUGUCAUCUGUGAUUUCAGACAAUUUAGGUCCAAGACGACCAAGAGAAUUGUCCAGAGCCUCACAGCUCGCAUGCCAUAUAUGCCAUGAUAUGGAUUAUGUUAGUCCUUUUCCACCUGUUUUGUGAAUGUUAGUGCAUGGAACAAAGGGUUCUGGACUGUCCAUGCUUCCUUGUGGGAGAUACUCACUUUGCAUUUAAGGGUGGAUGAACACAACAUGGAGUCACCUCUCCUUAAACCGUCAUUAUCUAAUUUAAGUUAUACAACUUGUUGGGAGAGAUUUUUGUUUUUAUUGAUUUGUAAUAUUUUGUUAGUUUGUGUGAAUAUGAUUUUGAGUAUUGUCUACUGGAGUCUUUUUAUACCUGAAUGAUUUCUACGUGGACAGCAUCUUGACAAGUGUGACAUUAUGUGCUGAGUUGGUGGUGAGCUGGCUGCUGCUGCUGAUCCUGCUGCUGUUCCUCAAUACCCUGCUGUUCCUCAUACACCCAUAUCCCCUCUGUGGGGAUGUAAAGUGACAGCACAUGAGCAGCCCUGGAGGUAGAUAAUACAAGUGGGCUUGUAUGUACCUGAUUUCAUCUGUUUGCAUUCUUGUUGUGUAAUAGUGCUUCCUGGAAGUGACCAAAGACAUAUUUAAAAUAUUCGAGCUGUGUGUCCUUUAAUAAUAUGCACUUGUGCAGGUGCAUCCUGCAGCUAGGUUAGUCAGUAUGCAGGGUACACAAGCUCCACUUCCCGUCAUGUUUGCAGUGCACAUCUUGCAGUCGACAAAGUUUGAAUGAUGUUCAUCAAACCUGCCACCAUACUUGGUGAUGUUUGAGACCAGAUUGAAUUGGCAUGAGAUCAGGAUCUUGCUGCAGUAGCAGCAGCAGCAGCAGCAGCAGCGAUAUGUGUUGAAACUGUACUGUGCAACUACAAGGUCUGUGUGCGAGAGAGGUUAUGACAGUAUUCAAUAUAUUGUACAGAAUACCAAACUCUGAUGUUACCUAACAUCAUACAUAAUAAACAUAUAACAACAUA